AGUGAUUCAAAAUAUGUCACAAUUAUGUUGGAACAAAUAGUAAGAUAAAAAUAUUUAGUCACCUCUUUCAACAUAGUGAAAUUAUUCUGUUUGCAGUGCAGCUGCAGAGUUAGCUAUGACUUUUGAGUUGCUGUACUGUACCUAGCUGAUGUUAAAUAUUCAUUGAACGUUAUUUAGGGAAAUAUUAAAAAAAACCGCGAGUUAUACAUAAUAAAAUAAAAUGCAAAGUUUUAAAUAUGUUUUUGGUGUGGGGACCUGUAUAAUAUGUUUUCUAAGUGCAACUUAUAGUGAAAAUGACGUCUUUAAGACUAUGAAUAGUAAAAGUUUAAGUGACGACACAUUUUUCUGGAAUUUAAAAGCUUCAAGGUCAAAACGAACUACUGUCCAAAAUGCAAGCGUUACCGAAGCAAAUUUAACAGGCCCGAGCAUAAACACAUCAAUAUCAGCUUUAAGUUCCUCUACCGAAAGCGCCAAUAUUGUAUAUGAAGUUGGCCCUUCCAAUUCAUCCAUAUUGGCUGUUGUUGCAGUGAAUGCCUCUUCGUCGGUUGCUUCUAAUACCUCUGAAGUAGGCCCUUCAGACGCGGCCCCACUUCCUGGGAAGAGUUCAGCUGAAGAUGAGCAUAAUAGCUCAAUGGCUAUAUUCUUUGUGCUUUGCAUAUUGGCCCUUGGUAUACUCUUGAUACAUCUGAUGUUACAAACAGGUUUUUCUUAUCUACCUGAAAGUGUUGUUAUAGUAUUUCUUGGGGCAUUAAUAGGUAUGAUUAUUAAUCUCAUGUCAAUAAGAAACAUAGCAAAUUGGAGGAAAGAGGAAGCAUUUUCUCCAACUGCGUUCUUUCUUGUCCUACUACCUCCAAUUAUUUUUGAAUCAGGGUAUAAUCUCCAUAAAGGAAACUUCUUUCAAAAUAUUGGAUCUAUUUUACUGUUUGCCAUUGUUGGGACGGCUAUAUCUGCAUUUGUAAUUGGUGCUGGAAUUUAUUUAUUGGGCCUCGCUCAGGUUGUUUAUAAAUUAAGUUUUGUUGAAUCAUUUGCUUUUGGUUCACUGAUUUCUGCCGUUGAUCCAGUAGCUACAGUGGCUAUUUUCCAUGCUCUUGAUGUGGACCCAGUUUUAAACAUGUUAGUGUUUGGUGAGAGUAUCCUGAAUGAUGCUGUUGCCAUAGUUCUGACCACAGCAGUUCUAGAUUCCAAUGAUCCUUAUAUGUCUACCACUGAAGCUAUUUUAUCAGCUAUUAACCGUUUUUGGUUGAUGUUCUUUGCUUCUGCUGGUAUUGGAGUUCUAUUUGCUCUAAUAAGUGCACUUCUAUUAAAACAUGUAGACCUCCGGAAGAAUCCCUCUUUAGAGUUUGGUAUGAUGUUGGUGUUUACUUAUGCGCCAUAUGUACUUGCUGAAGGAAUACACCUAUCUGGUAUAAUGGCUAUACUGUUCUGUGGAAUUGUAAUGUCUCAUUACACACAUUUCAAUCUAUCAACCGUAACUCAAGUUACCAUGCAGCAAACUAUGAGGACACUUGCAUUUAUAGCUGAGACUUGUGUAUUUGCUUACUUAGGAUUAGCAAUUUUCAGUUUCCGACACCGCGUAGAACCUGCGUUGGUAGUUUGGAGUAUAGUACUGUGUUUACUUGGAAGGGCUGCAAAUAUAUUCCCUCUCGCUUUACUUUGCAAUAAGUUCCGGGAGCAUAAGAUCACUAAGAAAAUGAUGUUUAUCAUGUGGUUUAGUGGAUUACGAGGUGCGAUUUCUUACGCAUUAUCACUCCAUCUAGACUUUUCAGUGGAGACCCGUCACGUGAUUAUAACAACAACACUGAUCAUCGUUUUGUUUACUACAUUGUUUCUUGGAGGUUCCACUAUGCCUUUAUUAAAAUUCUUGAGGGCCAACAAGAAGGUGAAGCGUUCAAGGUCGUUACGCAAACAGAAGGAAGUGAGCUUGUCAAAAACAAAGGAGUGGGGGCAGGCCAUUGAUUCGGAACACUUGUCAGAAAUAACUGAAGAGGAACUCGAGGUUAAUUACUCACACGCAACGAGGAUCAAAGGAUUCGUAAGGCUCGAUAUGAAGUAUUUGAUACCGUUCUUCACAAGAAGAUUUACACACCAGGAAUUGAAGGAUUGUAAGAGCCAAAUGACCGAUCUCACAAAUCAGUGGUACCAGGCCAUACGCAUAUCGAACGACCACGACACGGACGAAGAUGAGAGCCUACAGCCCAGUCCGUUGUCCAACUCGCAAACAAGUCUACAGAGAGGCGUAUAAAACCAUAUUUUGUAGGACUUUCACAUUACCUUGUUCACUGCGGUCAUACCGAUCCCAUGAGGAUUGCUGUGGUUUUUAUUUUUUGCGGGUGUCCAUCUAGUUACUCUUAUAAUCUAUUUUUCCUGACCUAUUUUAUGAUGUACAUUAUCUUCUUAUUUGAUUUUAGUAUGUUUUAAAUGUGAAUUCGAUAAGAAUGACAUAACUAAAAAAAAUACAAUUUUUUAGUCUGUUAUAAAUUUAAGUAUAAAAAUAAUUUAGUUUCAUUACAGUGAGGACAUUUCUCUAAUAUGUAAGGAUUAAGGCGGAUGUGAAAAUUAUAUGUUAUAGUAUACGCUAUUCCUUUCGUUUCGAGAAUAUUAUUAAUCCACGUUAAAAAAUGCUUACCAACUACCUGUAAAAUUUAACGUUUUGAGAUGUGGCAUCUAUGUCGCAGACAAGCGAUAUAUAUAAUUUAAAAACUUACUUUAUUUCUUUAUAUAUUUUUUAAUUUCAACUUGUUUUUGAAUUUUUUUACGAAGUACUUUACAUAAAAAAAGUAAUGAAAAGAUUAUAUACAUUAUAAAGCAGGUUAGAAGGAGAAGAUACAAUAUCAACGCGCCAAAAACAGCAAGAUAAAUCCUUAGUAUAAAAGCAGUGACAUCUGUUGCAAUACGCCGUAUGCUUCGCAGUUAAGUUUUGUAGAGAGUAGGGAGUAAAAUGGUGUUAUUUUCCUCAGCGCAGGAUAAAUAUCUCAGUAUACCCAGCGGAUAAGAAAUUGAUGUACCAUAGUCAUGUCUCUUUCUUAAUUCCGUCACUUAACAGUAUUAAAAUGUUUCUGAGUCGUAAUGACGCAUUUAAUAAAAGUUAACCUUUGGAUCUGUAUGUGCGCCUGGUGCGGAACACUUAUUACUCUAGUUCCUGCAGAGAAUGUGUUAAAGCAUAGAAUGCGUGCUUGCGGCUGAAUUUAAAGCAUUAUCUGCACGGACAGUGUCACAUAAAAAGCGCAUCACAGUCAGGUAAAUGUUAGGAAGUCUAGAGUGAAUAGUAUACAGAUUAAAUCAACCUUACAUCCUUCAGGUCAUCCUCAACAAUGAAUACUAAAGCUAACUAUAAAUAUAUGGGAGGAUCUUAUUUAUAAAAUGACGUAACUCUUAAGCUUAUGUAAAGUAAGUGAAAGCGAGAGAUUAAUUCGAUCUGCACCGAUCGAGCUGAAAUUUUAGCGAUUAGGAUUAGGACUAGUACUUAGGAUUGUUUUUAUCUAUUUUUUGCAUCAGUCACAUAUCCGCGACCGCGAAACUACAGUCUAUUUAACGAUCGAUGUACCAGUGACCACGCCAUCUGUCGAA